AUUGAUGCUGAAAGUCCAGCCAUGGUGAUGAGUGGUUGUGGACGAGCGGCAAGGAAGAGGAAGAAAAAGCGCAACGGCGCGCUCCAAUCGGGUAUAAAAUGUCAUUGCGUCAAUACAAGUUGUUGCGCGAUACACUUGUCACAUAUUUUCACGUCUCCUAAUAUGUCCUCUUCUUGUCUAGUUUCUCUGAGCCACCGGCCCGAGUACGUGGAGCUGCUCAGGUUUCUUCACCAGCGAGGAUUUGCGUCAACACCGCUGCAACCUGCGCUCUUCCCUGACACAGGCCGAGGUCUGCGGGCUUUGAGGAGCAUAAAGCCCCACCAACUGAUGAUUUCACUGCCCGAGUCUUGUUUGCUUACGACCUCCACCGUGUUGGACAGCUACCUUGGGCGCUACAUCAAGAGCUGGACGCCGCGGCCGUCGCCUCUAUUGGCUCUCUGCGUCUUCCUGGUGUGCGAGCGGCACAGAGGAGCGGACGCCGACUGGUCCCCGUACAUCGGCGCCCUUCCCGCCUCCUACACGUGUGCCGCCUAUCUCGCGUACGACGUGGCGGCUCUCCUUCCCGUCGGAAUGCGGCGGCGAGCUUUGGAGCAGAAGGACGCCGUGCGGGAAAUGCACUCGUCCAAUCGGGAUUUUUUUAAGACUUUGCAGCCGAUUCUCAGUCAGCCGGCGGAGGACGUGUUGACGUUUGAAGCUCUGAGGUGGGCGUGGUGCAGCGUCAACACCCGCUCCGUCUUCAUGCGUCACCCGUCCAACCGAUUUUUGUGUGGCCGGGACGACUACGCGCUGGCUCCCUUUUUGGAUUUGCUUAACCACCACCCCGACGUGCAGGUCAAAGCGGGCUUCAACCACGAGACCAAAAGCUACGAGAUCAGGAGCGUGGGCGGGACUCGGGCAUUCCAGCAGGCCUUCAUCAACUACGGUUGCCAUGACAACCAGCGCCUGCUGCUGGAGUACGGCUUCGUCGCCGCCGGCAACCCGCACGGCGUGGUCUACUUGGAUGCAGAAAUGCUGCGGCAGGUUGUGAAAGGAGACACGAGGAGUCUGGAGCAGAAGAUGAAGUUCCUCGCAGACAACAACUUCCUCAAAAAUUUGACUGUGAGCAGUGAAGGCCCCGGCUGGAGGCUGAUGACCGUCCUCAGACUGAUGUCACUGCCUCAAACUCUCCGCCACCGGUGGAAGGCGGUGCUGCGCGGCCAAGCGGUAGGCGAGGAGGCCGAGCGUACCAGCCUCCGGACGGCACAGGCGUUGUGCCAAAGACUCCUACAUGACACGCUGGCGGCUUUGGAUAAGAUCUCCAAGCUCCUCCAAGAUGGGGAGCCCCGGCUCGGGGAGCAGCUGCGGCUGGUCCAGUCACUGCGGCUGGAGGAGAAAUGCAUCUUGGGAAGAUGCCUGGAAUCACUGAGCGCCUCCCUAAGUGAGGACUACUUUCCAAACAAUUUUCAAGACGGACCUUCCACUGGAUUUACCAAUUGAAGUUGUUUUACCAAGGCGGCAAGGAUACAUCAGAGCACGGCUGGCCACUUUUACGAGCGACGGCGCGUUUCAAAACGUUUGGGGACACUCGCGUAGAUCUGCAGCUCAGUGAACAGGCACGACAUUGGUGAGUCAAUGAAUUUUAUUUUAUCUCAGCUGCUCAACAUUUUCAGUUAUUUGCCGUUGUAUAGCCUAUUCUCAAAACGCAAAUGAUCUCUUCAUUUUAUUUUCAAAGAAUAGUUUGUUUUGUUAUUGUGUGUUUGGUGUCUUAUAUGAAACUGCGACAUUGCGCAAUUUAUUGGACAGACUUGUUUAUGAUCACACAGCAUCAUUUGGGUGGUAUUUUAUUUAGGAUUUUAAAAAUAUUUUUAUUUUUGACAAUAUCUGUAAAUGUAGUUUCCUGCUCUUAAUUGUGAAUGCAUACUUGAUGGUUUAUAAAUGCUCCUGAAAUCAAGUGCUGCCUGACGAGCCUAUAUUGUGUUCAUGUAUGUGACGUCACUGAAGGCCUAAGGUUGAAAUGCACGGCCCGCCAUUG